GCCCUUGCCGGGUCGCCCCGUGGCUCGCGUCAGUGUUGCGCAGAUUCGGUUUGAACCGAAAGCGGAGUGUGACCUUCCCGGGCGGCGGAGACCGGCAGGAGACUGAGCGAGCGGACCCAUGUCAGCACUCCCGUCCACUACCCUCGCCACGGAGAUGAACAGCAACUUGGCUGGAGAUGAAAUCGGGAAGUUGUUUGUGGGUGGAUUAGAUUGGAGCACCACCCAGGAGACUUUGCGAAACUACUUCUCUCAGUACGGAGAGGUUGUGGAUUGUGUCAUAAUGAAAGAUAAAAGCACAAAUCAGUCGAGGGGCUUCGGCUUCGUGAAGUUUAAAGAUCCCAACUGCGUACGGACCGUCCUGGACACUAAACCCCAUAAUCUGGACGGUAGAAAUAUCGACCCAAAGCCGUGUACGCCUAGAGGCAUGCAGCCCGAAAAGACUCGGGCAAAAGAUGGCUGGAAAGGAAGCAAGACUGACAACAGUAAAUCUAAGAAGAUAUUUGUCGGUGGAAUUCCUCAUAAUUGCGGUGAAGCUGAACUCAGGGAUUAUUUUAACAGAUUUGGAGUGGUCACAGAGGUGGUCAUGAUCUAUGACGCGGAAAAGCAAAGGCCUCGAGGUUUUGGAUUUAUUACUUUCGAGGCCGAACAAUCAGUGGACCAGGCUGUCAACAUGCAUUUUCACGACAUCAUGGGCAAAAAAGUUGAAGUCAAGAAGGCGGAGCCUCGGGACAGCAAAGCUCCUGCCCCUGGUCAGCUGGGAGCCAAUCAGUGGGCCCCCCGAGCCAUCCUAAGCACAGCCAAUGGCUGGGCGGCACAGCCGGCUGCGAGCUGGCAACAGAGCUACGGGCCUCAGGGUGUUUGGGUGUCUACAGGUCAACCGCUUGCUGGCUAUGGACCAUCUUUACCUGCCGGCCGAGGUGCACCAGCACAACCUCCCUCUCCAUUUAAUGCAUUUCUAGUGGCAGCAGCACCUACAGGAGGAUUCGGGGCACCUCAGGGAUACCCCCAACAGGGCUUUAGCACACAACCACAGUUUGGAUAUAGUUUUGGCACACCACAAGGUGACCAGUUCGUAGCACAAGGAAUACCACCCCCUCCCGCCACACCAGGGGCAGGACCCCUGGCUUUUGCUCCGGCAACGACUCCCUCUCAGGACCUGAGCAAAGCCGCCUCGGCACAGCCGGACUUUUCCUACAGCCAAUAUGGCUUGGGUAACUAUCCUCAGGACCCCUCUGCCUACGGACCAACGCGUCCUUCUCACACUUAUGUACAGGAAGAGCAGGGAUAUAGUGCAGAUUCAGAUACUUUGGCCACAUACACACUGCAAAGUUUUGGAAGUGGGAGCCACAUUCAAUUUACAGGUUAUGGGCAGGACCUGAGUGCUUUUGGUCAUAGCUUUGCAGAUCCCAGCCAGCAAACUGCCUCAUACGCUGCAGCCCCCUCUGCGCCCUCGACGGGAGCCCAACCUGCAGCUGGCAGCUUUGGACGAGGACAGAACCAUAAUGUACAGGGCUUCCACCCAUACCGGCGCUGAGCUGCUCUCCUUUCACCCCCCCAAUGCAAUACACAUCGUCAGGGAUUCAGACGUUUUAUUCAAAUUGGACUGGAUUUUGGGAUUGUGUCUUUUUGAACAUCGCAAGCAAUUAAAAAGGGUUUUAUUGUGUGUAAAUUGUGAACUGGGGCUCUACUCCAAUAACAGAAGACCACAUAACUUCUCUAUAUUUUGUAGUAGGACUGAACUGCUGAAGUAUUUAGCAAUAGAUUUGUAUUGUCAUCAGCACACAACAGAGGCACCAGACAUCAGUGACAGGGUCUCCCAUUUAUUCAGCUUUAAUUCUAUUAGCGGGAAACAAAAACAAUUAUUUUCAAUUUUGUGACUUUGGUUUACUCUAUGAGCCUUUUACCAUUUUAUUUAUGUUUGUUUUGGAAAUAGAGUACAAAUGUGUAUUAUACACCUAAACUGUGCAAUUUUUUUAAAGAAUUUUGUACUAAUAUAUGUGCGCUUUUCUUGUUUUUUAUUUAAGGAUGUAGACUUCCCUCAGGUGGCUGUCAGUGCACUUUGCACUUAUGCAAAAAAAAGAAAACUUAUGAAAAUGAGAGUUUAUUUGAAAUAAAUGAUUUAAAGAAAUAAAA